AUGACGGAAGCUGCAGCGCUCACGAUCGAGGACCUCAUUUUUGGGGCGAAGGAGAGGAAGUCGGUGGACAAGGAGGCGCGGAAGCUGGACGAGCUGGUGAUCAGCUGCUUGAGGAGUCUGGCCAUGGACGCCGUGCAGCAGGCCAACUCCGGGCAUCCGGGGACGCCCAUGGCCAUGGCGCCGGUGGCCUACGCGCUCUGGGCCAGGAUCCUGAAGUAUGAUCCAGACAAGCCUCACUGGAUGAACCGAGACCGAUUUGUCCUCUCCAUGGGCCACGCCUCCAUGCUGCUCUACGGCCUGCUGCACUUGGCCGAGGUGAAGGAGGCGCCAGUCUUGGGAGCCAUGGACCCCUAG